GUGACCGCGGCCUUCCGCUAUGCACCGGCCUGCAGAUCUGCAAUGGUCGGGAUGCCUCCGAUUGCUCAGCAGCCAACAACGGCGACUGCGGCCAGAAAUACUGCUGCAGCAAGGGUCACCCAUGCUACCAAUGUGCUGGCGAUGGAUAUGACUGCAAGAACAGCGGGGCCUGCAAGAAUCCGAAUGGUCAUGGGAUCUGAAGCGUAG